CAAACACCUUUGUUUCCUAGAGGGAUAAAGAAAAGUCUAUUUGAAGUGUAUACUUGACUAUUUCAAAAACAAUUGUAAUUUAUUUGUUGUGGCCUUAUUUCCAUUCAGCAGCAGUGUUGUACUGUACUGUACAAACAAUUGUUGUAAAUUGUUGUUUUUCAGCUCCGAGUAUUGGCUGUGACAAGAGCACUCUCCUUCCCACCCCUCCCUUGCUGGGAGGUGAAGGGAUGUUGCGAUGUUUCCUCCCACACUACGGGCUGAACCAACCGCGCGGUUCUACCCCUCAUGUCCGCCUCGCCUUCGGUCAGAUUUAGUUGGACCAAUCUGCUUUUGUGUGGAGUGCCAUCACCGGCUUUCAAAAACACAUGCUGAGACAUUGACUGACUGCCCUCACGCGUGUCGUGCCGCAAUGAGAAACGUUCAGGGGUUGUCCUGGCUGAUCCUGCUGGUUCUCACACCACACACUAAAGGUGAUCUCAGUCGGCCGGGGAAGCCCACGCUGACCAGCUGUCGCUCUCCGGAGAAAGAAACCUUCACGUGCUGGUGGCAGCCUGCUUCUGAUGGAGGACUGCCAACCACGUACGCGCUGUACUACCGCAAGGAAAACUCCGAAAUCAUGUACGAGUGCCCCGACUACUUCACGGGCGGGGAGAACUCGUGCUUCUUCAACAAGAACAACACGUCCAUCUGGGUUAACUACAACAUCACCGUGGUGGCCACCAACCGACUGGGAAGCACCUUCUCCGACCCCGUGGAUGUCGACGUGGUCUAUAUCGUCCAGCCCAACCCUCCGGAGAACGUAUCGCUGAGCGUCAUGGAGGACAAAGGCUGGCCCUUCCUGCGAGUGGCGUGGGCGCCGCCCCGCAAGGCCGACACUCGCUCCGGCUGGAUCACACUCAUCUACGAGCUUCGCAUCCGGUCGGAUGCGGAAAACGAAUGGGAGACUCACGUGGCUGGCCAGCAGAAGCUGUUCAACAUUUUCAGCCUGCGCUCCGGCAGCUUGUACCUUGUGCAGGUGCGCUGCAAACCCGACCACGGCUUUUGGAGCGACUGGAGCUCGCCGUCGCAAAUCCGUUUUCCUGAAUAUUUCCAUCAGGAAAAGUCAGCGUGGAUUGUCACCUCUGCUGUUUGUGCCUUCAUCUUCCUCAUCAUCACGGUGUUGCUGCACAUGAACCAUGGCAGCUUGAAACACUGCCUCCUACCACCGGUCCCUGGUCCGAAAAUAAAAGGAUUCGAUGAGCAGCUACUAAAGAAAGGAAACUCCGAAGACAUCUUCAACGCGCUCGUGGUGUCAGACUUUCCCAUGUCGUGGUCGUCGUCGUCCAACAGCGAGGACCUGCUGGUAGAGUUACUGGAGGUUUACAUCCCGGAAGAAAGGGAGACCAUGUUGGGGGCGAGCAAGGACCUCGGUGGCGGCAGCUUCAAGACGUCUGACAGCGACUCGGGCCGGGGUAGCUGCGACAGUCGCACGCUGCUGAUUGACAAGUGCGGCCGGCCCAAAGAGCACGAAGACGGCGCCGAGGAGCGGGUCGAACGGGAAGACUGGGAAGAUGCUCGAGAUGACACGGGAGGUAGGACGUGGCCUUCUGUGUUUCCCGGCCUGUCGGACCGGCCUCAGCGCAGCCUCUCGGAUGGCCUCUCUCAAGUUCUGGGGCCCUCGGAGGGGCAGGUGUGCAAGCAAAUCAAGGCCCGCAGCGACAUCGAUAUCGCCGUGUCCGGUCAUAAAGUGUCACCCGCUCGCUGGUCCGUGGAGUACGUGGGCGUGCAGGCGGUUGUGAAUGACGACAUGGUCAUCCUGCAGCCAUGGGGCAGCGGGGAGGGCUGCACCCCGCCGCUCUCCUCCUUGCAGGAGCGGGACUACAGUCAGGUGAAGCAGGUGCGCAGCGAUGACACUCUGCUACUGCUCCAUAAAGUGUCAGAGGGAACGGCAGAUGGGCGCGAGGCUGCAACAAGUUUUGGCAAUAUGAGCCAGAAGAGCGCCACCUGUAUGAACUCCACCGCGGCAACGGGGGGCUACGUCGACGCGGCUGCUGUUUUCCCAAUGACAACGUACUGAGCGUCCUUUUCGGCGAUGGGAAUUCAAGGUCAUCUCGUAAUUGUUAUUUUUAUCAUCUUCAACGGGAUGGGAUUGAUGGGAAUGUUGUGAACCCCUUUUUCCGUGUACCGGUACUUGAGACCCACAGUUUUUAAUACACCAAAAA